AAAAAAGCAAUUCCAUCUCAACAUUAGCUUCAAGAAACAAGGACAUGCCCUCGGGAGGCCCGGCCUGUAUAACAUGCCGUGAAAAGUGUCGCAAAUGUGACCGUGCACAACCCGCCUGUCGACGAUGCAUCUCCAAGGGUCUUGAAUGCAAAGGAUAUCCAGAGAAAUUUCGUUUUGCGGGAUUAGCCACACGGGGGAAGUGGAAAGGUCAAGCAGUUCCUACUGCAGGCCGCAGCGUUUUUCAGACUCAACUUGCAAAUGAUGCUCCAAAAACCAAACAAGAACUCAACACCCAAAGGGCUUCCGCUAUAUUAGUCAAUCCAGAUAAUGGAUUGUGCCAUUCGGUUACUGAUCAUCCGCUGUCAAGUCGAGGACGAACUGUGGAGUUGGAUGAUUUACUAAUGCUAGAACGAACGGAGCUUUUGUUAGCCCACUAUGAUCGGGAGAUAUGUCCGCAUCAGAUUGCACUGCCAACUGACGACGCAGACAACCCCUACAGACUCUAUAUCUUACCGCUAGCAUAUGAGCAGAUUGGUCUACUAUAUGCAGUUCUCGGGCUCACAGCAUGCCAUAUUGGGAUCAAGAAAGAUGAUGCUUAUCUUCGAGACACAUUAGCAGUCGAGUACCAAGCGAGAGCUAUCCGCUGCCUUGGAGAAACGCUACAGAAUGGGAUAUCUGGCGAGUUAGGAGAAAAUGAACGUGAUGGAAUUUUUGCCACCAUACAGAUCCUAUUACUCCAAGAUAUUUUCGAAACAGGAAUCUCUACUCAUGGUAUUCACAUUACAGGCGCUCUAUCAAUUUGCAACCAGCUACGCUUAUCUGAUAUUUUGACCGAGGACCAUGAACGGACAAUAUUCUUCCUAGGAAAUCUGGCAUGGCUGGAUAUUAUCCGAUCUCUGGCAGAUCCGCAAAAGCUGUGUUUCUCUCCUGCUCUUCGUGAAACCAUUGCCAAUCUAAGUGACUUGAAAUUUGAGCAAGUCAACGGAUGUCCACGCGAAGUCUUCCUAAUAAUAGGUACUGUUCUGGAACAUGCAAAAGCCCAUGAAACAGGCUACAUAGACACACCCCAAUACGAGCGACUUCUCAAUGCCGCCCGGUAUGAUCUUCAUACAUGGCGUUUAUUACCUGGCGUAUAUCCCAACGAUCAUUCACGAUGGCCGGCAAUUGCCGAAGCAUUUCGACACGCUUGUAUACUACACACGUCUCGCUUGUUAGAUUUAUACCAACCAGCUGAAGCAACGAUGAUACAGACUUCUGUGACGGCCAUUUUGGAUGCUAUUGCGGAAAUCCCACCUGACUGUCAUCUGAUUGAGCUGCUGGUCAUGCCUUUAUUCAUGGCUGGGACCGAUGCUUUAUCCUCGUAUGCUCGUCAUUAUGUCCUCCUGCGGCUCGAACAUAUCAAGGUCAGGGCAGGGUUUGGACAUCCCACACCAAUAUCACUACUUCAGUCUGUUUGGGAUGCACGUGGGAAACAGGCGAAAGAUGAUAAUCGGAACGUUCCUUGGAUGUCGUUUACUCGCACCGGAUCAGAUCGCCAGCAUGAUUAUUUGAUUAUUUAAUUUGGUCCAUGGAUCUUGGGGGUAUUAAGAGAUGCAAUCGGUAUUAAGUUACACGGUUGUCUACUCCGAUGACGAACGUGAUCAGAAUAUAUUCACUCAAACCAAGCACUAUUCCAAACAUAAGGAACGCAGGCAUCAAUUUCAUCAAUUUCGGAAAAGCCAAAC